CCGUACAAGGAUGACCGAACGAGAUGUCUCAGCUUGUUCUUUACCGGCCGUUACAUUCCGACACGUCGAUGUCACCGCUGCCGAUUACGAGCGGGAUACCGCCGCGGUAGGCAGGAAUGGCAUCUUCAGGAGGACUCACCCAUUGCUUGCAAGGAGGUAUAAGAGCCUGUCAGGGACUGUCCCAUCAGCGACCGAUGACCCACCGGUCUCACGACCACGAAUCUCACAUGCUGUAACCGAGGCUGCCAACCCCCUUUGGCAUGACGGCGAGUCGCUCAACGAUCUCCAAAUCGGAUCAACUGGCACCAAUGACAUCGCGAGCCGACUGAGGCAAACUAUGGAUCUCCGAUACGACUCAAGGUUCCUCGAGUUUAGAUGCGUCGACAACACCGAUCCUCAUAUAGUUGAAGCUGUGAGGUUCGUCAAAGGCAAACCAGGCAUGGCUGGAUGUUUCGGCAGAUAUCUCAAGGGCUUGGAAACACCAGCGACGGAGAACCAGAACACACCUCACUUCCAAAGAUCGCUGAACGACAUCGUGGCCCGGCUCUCGGGACACAGGAAGAUCAAGCCGACGUUCGAAAUCGGAUGCCGGGCGGGUCUAAAACCAAAUCCCACGAUACAACACUGCGAGGGUCACACCGAAACGGUACGUUUCCAGGGGCCCCGAGAUCAAGAGGAAUGGUACCAUGUGUAUCCCAAUGUCUACGGCUUGAAGAACAAUACAUCCGCUCGUCAAGCCAGCGUCGCCCCUCACUGUGGAGAACUUCGUACGGUUGGAUUACACAAGAACAACUCGACUCACGACAUGCAGACCGAUAGCAAUAGGGAAUCCGACAGGGCUGGCCUGCGUAUAAUGCAAUACAUGAGUUUUAUUGCAUAUGGAAAUCCUGUGACAGGUCGCACCUGUGGCUACACCCUUUGCGGCCGUUACCUGAGAUUGUACGUGUCGGACAGCAUGUCCUUCUCGACGACCCGGUUGUGCGACCUAAGCAAUCCUGAUCAUGCGGAGGAUAUCGUGGCUAUCGUUGCCUUCCUGGCCGGUCCCCUCCAGAAUGUCCUGCAAACAUACGAGCCGCCAACGCGGACAUUCUCCGUCAAUCCACCUGGUGUCGGUAGCAAGCCGGUCCUCUACGAAUGGGUGAGACCCUCGCCCAGCCAACCCCCUUGGAAGGUCCUAGAGCGUCGAGUCGAUCUAUGGGGUCGUCGGACAGUCGCGAUAGGCGGUCACGUUCGUAGACCAGGUACGACCCAGCCGGUUGAGUCGAUGACGAUCAAGUUCACUUGGCUUCCACGUUUUCUCGUCGAAUACGAGCAAAACAUCCUACACCACCUCAACAUGGCCAUGAAAGAUCCGCAACUCGCUAGCAAGUAUCCACAUCUUCAAGAGGCACUGAACAUUAUCGAUCCAGAGAUCUUGACAUGCAGGCCGCGUGCCGUAGGCAUGCUUGAAGGAUGCCAAAUCCUCACGCAGAAUGCUCCCUUCGUUAUCGCCAGUCAAGACGGACUCCAACAAUCGUCUACUACAGAGACUGAGCAGCACUUGGUACUAUCUGCCAUGUGCACAAUCAAUCCGCAUGGACGCAGGAUCAACGAUCGCAGUGCACUCUCGCUGAAAGACCGCUUGGAAAUCCUCAAUCAUACGUUUCAGUCCCUCUACGUCGCGGCUUGCUCGAACAUCCACUAUAGAGAUAUCAAUACCGGCAACGUCCUGUACAGCUUACUGCAGAGCGAGGACGGCCAGCGCGUGAUCGGCUACUUGAUCGAUUAUGGUAACGCUCGAUAUCUGGAUGAAAGGCGAAUAUAUACGCGAUUCGACGGAUCGGAGCCAGAUGAUCUGCACGUGCAAUUGCGACUGGAUGAUGCGAGAUCCGCCAAUCUUAUGUUCCUCUGCUGUCAAAUGACGCGCGUAUUGGAGGCGCAGCAGGACCACCGACUUGAAGCGAAGAGAUUGGCCAGGUACAGACUCCAGGAGCCUGAGGAAGGGCUUGACUUGAUGAUCGAGUCUUGUGAGCGCGCUCUCGUCGAGCAAGAACGGGAGCUGUUGGCCAUCGGUCCCCAUCGGUACAUUGACGAUCUGGAAUCGGCAAUCUAUGCUCACGUUUACCAGAUUGCACAAGUCGCUAAGGAAACACAAGCCAGACCGGACGAAAGAAAGAAGAAUUCCAUCAACCGAUUCAGUGACCAAGCGAUCAAACAGAAAAAUUGGAAGAGUGACUUACACGACACCGUAAGAAUCAUCGACAACACGAGCAACGCAUGGCGAUGCUGCAUCCAACGUCUGGCUCAAACGAUCCGUUCCUGUAGAUCGGAUUUAGCCGGGAAGACGAACCUUCCUGCAGAACUUACGGAUGAAGAGCGCCAAUGCUUCAAAGAUUGUUUGAGGAUCAUCGCACGGGCCUUAGCAGCUCCCACCAUCGGUUCGGAACCGGUAUCGCCGCUGCACCGUUCGGAUGCGGCUAUGGUCCUUGGAAUGUCAACUCUUCGUGUGGCUGUCACUCAGUAGCGCCUCCUCAUCAUCCCUCUUGUAAUCAUGUAGAAUCAUUGGUAUGAAGACUGAUAAUGUGUACAUAUAACGUA